GCGAGUGGCCGCUGGCUCUGCAAGUCGCCGCAGCGGCCCACGACCCGGUCGAGGAUUGUGUUUGCAUCGCAUAUUGUUGACAUUGACAGCACCCAAGAGAAAUUGCUUGAGUUGAAGGCAUUUGAGACGAAGUUGAUACCUCCCUUCCCGGACUACAUUUACGACUACAUCAGUAACCUGGCUAGUAGCGAGGACAAGAACGGAGACUGGAAGUCUUUACUAUCCAAACUCACUGCCAAAUACGGGGUGUACGACGAGAUCAAGUUUUUCGAUUCUUCCCUGGAAAACCACUUCAAUGAGAUGAUUUACAACGAAUCGGAGAACGGUUCUCCUGAACCCGAGGAAGACAUCGCAGAAGCUGAUGAAGUUAAGGUUGGAAUUUGA